GGCAGGAGCAACGGCAGCAAUUCGGCGACGGACUCGAUGGUGUUCUUUGGUCUGUUCGCUGUGCUGCGGUCUUCAGUUCGCAACCGACAACCGCUCAAGAAGUACGUGCACGGUGUGCCGCGAGGUUCCAUUCUGACAUGCCCGCCAGUGGCGCAAGUUACACCGCCAGUUUUUGUUAGUUGCCUUUAUUGUUUUUAGACUUGAUUUAUUCAUUUAAAAAAAGGUAAUGGUAACCUUCCUGUAACCAGAGGACCCCAAAUUGUGAUAAAGAAAUAAUCUGUGAUACAAAAAAUCAAAAUGGAACAAAUAGUAACAAAUUCCACAGCCCAGAUCUGGGAAAAUGACUUGAUAGUUGCCAAAAUAGUGUCUAUGAGUGUGCUAGGGGUAGUGUCGUUUAUAUUAGGACUUUUACCAAUCAAACUAACCAAAUUGAUAUCGAUUAAAUCGGUGGACGGAGAUAGGAACUUGCUGGUAUCUUUGUUGCUUUGUUUUGGUGGCGGAGUGUUGUUGUUCACCACUUUCAUCCAUCUGCAGCCGGAAGUGAGGUCGAGCUUCGCAAAGUUGGAGGAUGAUCAUGUUGUACCCGAUUUGGGAAUUCCUUUCUCGGAGUUGGUGUUUUGCGUGGGGUUUUUCCUGGUGUACUUCAUCGAGGAAGCAGUGCACAUCUUCCUGCACAAGAAGAGCGACAGCACAGACUUGCAUAGAACCCUUUCAAUGAGGUGUUCCAGAAAAGCGAAAACCCUGACGAUACCGAGAGUCGCGCUCAACAAAUUCGACGACGGGAACCUGAGCUACAUCAGCACCUCGAACAAAGAGCUGCUGAACUCGACUAGCACGGUCAGCUUCGAAAAAUCCGACAGCCACCAUGCUCUAGACGACGAGCUAAAGAACUCGUUCAGCGGAUUUUUAGCGGUGUUAGCUCUCAGUUUCCACGCGGUUUUCGAAGGUUUAGCGGUCGGUUUGGAGGGGUCCGUGCAGAAGGUUUGGUACUUGUUUGCCGCCAUCGGGACGCACAAAUUCGUGAUCGCUUUCUGCGUUGGCGUUGAACUGGCCACCUCCAAGACUAAGACUGCUCUCCUGCUGCUCUAUAUUGGUCUGUUCGCCAUUGUAACCCCACUAGGAAUUGGUCUGGGGAUUAUUUUGAGUGAUACUGGCAGUACCUCAGAAGACAUGAUUUCAGCUGUUUUGCAAGGAAUGGCGGCUGGUACUCUUCUUUACGUCACUUUCUUUGAAGUACUAGCCAGAGAAAGGAGCAACAAACAUUGUGGAAUUUGGCAGUUGAUUGCUAUAAUAGCUGGAUUUGGUGUCAUGUUUAUGCUACAAGUGUUAACUGGACAUGAACAUAACCAUGGAGAUGUCUCCCAUCAGCAUACCAAUAACCACGCUGAACACCAUCACCAUUAUUGAUUUCGUUUUUAAUUAAUCAAUUAAGGAACAGGAAAAAAGUUUUAAACAACAUAAAACGUGAUCUGGAAGUCUUCAAAAUUCGUAAUAGUCAAUUUUUUAUAUAAAUAACUUUUUUCAUGUUCCCCUAUACUUUUUUGAUAUUCUUGCCUUUCGAAUAAUAACAUAUAAGUCCGUACUCGAUAUUUUAGACAUAUAGUUUUUACCUAGGUAAAAUGUAAAUAAAAAAUACAGUUAGAUGAAACAUCUGUACAUAUUAAUGUUUUAACUGAUUCGUGUUGAGAGAUUUCCAAAUAAUUUGUAUUAAUUAAUUUAUUGAGCUAGUCUGUGGCACAGACUUUGUAGGUUUAUAUUGUAUUGUUUUUUAUUUUUCUAAGAAAAAAAAUGUAUAUUUUAGUUGGACUUUGAUUUAGGACUGAUAUCAAUAAAUAACUUAUCGAGAUAAUAACAAAUAAUUAUAAUACCGUAAAGGUCGUUACUGUUUCAACUGUAUUUAUAUUUUAAUCUAUAAAAUAAUUAAAUACUUAUUUUAUAUCCAUGUAUACUAUAUAGUAAAAGUAUUAAUGCAUUACUUCAACUUUAAAUAUUUUGGGCAGAUCUCGAAUAAAAUAUUUUUCAA